CUGGAGGUUCUGAAGGUUCUGGGAUCAGCUGCUGAUGGUUUCAGACGGUCACGUGACGACGUUGACAUGGCAGCGGUUGUGUGGGUGUAGCGAGCUAACAGCUCCGAGCGAACAUCGAACAGCUAACAGCUCCGAGCUAACAGCUAACAGCGAAGAGCUAACAGCUAACAGCUCCGAGCGAACAUCGAACAGCUAACAGCUCCGAGCUAACAGCUAACAGCGAAGAGCUAACAGCGAAGAGCUAACAGCUAACAGCUCUGAGCUUACAGCUAACAGCGAACAGCGAAGAGCUAACGGUAAAGAGCUAACAGCGAAGAGCUAACAGCAAAGAGCUAACAGCUAACAGCGAAGAGCGAACAGCGAAGAGCCGCGUCUUCACGAUGGCGCCGAAGAGUAAAAGCAAGAAGGCGGGGAAGGGGAAGGGGAAGUCCCCCGCGGUGGUGGACGGUCAUUCCACCGAGGAGAUGUCCAAGGACCAGCUGGAGCAGCACAUCGUCCGCCUGCGGGAGGAGCUGGAGCGCGAGCGUGAGGAGCGGAGCUACUUCCAGCUGGAGACGAACAAGAUCCAGGGCUUGUGGGAAGUUUCCCGCGUGGAGCUGGAGCGAGAGAAGGACAAGCUGAGGGUCGGCCAGCGGGAGAGGGAGGAGGCAGAGGAGCGCCACCGCGUGGAGAUCAGUGUUUACAAGCAGAAGCUGAAACACGUCCUGUCCGAGCAGCACCAGAACGUCUCAGAGCUCAAGAUGGACGCCGCCGCCGCCGCCUCGCUGCUGCAGCGGCAGAACACGGAGUCGGAGCUCGGCCUGCGGACAGACACACAGGGCCUGCAGGCGGACGGCAGGGAGAAGAGGCUCCGCGACGACAACUGCAUCGAGGAGCUGACACUGAAACACCAGGUGGAGCUGAUGGAGCUGACGAACGACUUCGACCGGAGGGUCAGAGGACUGGAGGUCAAACACCACAAGAAGAUGCAGGUGAUGAUGGAGGCAGAGGGCAGGAAGCGGAGGUCAGAGGUCAACGAGCUGGAGGACAGGAUGAACCGUCGCGUGGCGUCGCUGAUGGAGGAACACGCUCGAGCUCUGAGGGGCGCUGAGGAAUAUCACUGUGGAGUCCAGAGCAAGAUCCUGACGGACCAGAAAGUUCUUGAGGAGGAAGCAGCCGAGGUGCAGAAGCAGCUGCUGAGAGCAGACCAUCAGCUCUCAGUUGCGCAGCAGGAGAACAGACGUCUGCGUGAGUCUCUGCAGGAGAACCAGCAGAAGCUGCCGGAGCUGCGGCUGCAGCUGCAGGACUACAACCGGGCCCGGGCCCAGAUGGUGACAAGUCGAGCUCGUGUGAAGGUCGUGGAGGAGGAGCUGAGGGAUCUGACGGUGGAGCACGAGCUGCUGCUGCAGGCCUUCGAGAAGGUUCAGCAGGAGCGUGACGAGCUGCUGAGGAGGCAGAUGGACGCCAUUUUGGAUCUACAGCAGAAGAGCGGACUGAAGGAGCUGCUGCUGGAGAGAAAACUGGCAGCUCUGACUCAAACCGUGGAAAAGAAGGAGGCUCAGCUCUGCGCCGUGCUGUCCACCGCCGCCGACCAGGAGGCCGGCUGCAGCGCCGCGAACAAACUGCAGGAGAUCUUGGUGUCGAAGCAGAACACCAUCGGUUCCUUGCAGCAGGACUUGGCUCGAGAGUGUCAGGAGUACGACCAGCUGCUGACGACCUGCGCGGAGCGGCUCAGCGCUCGGGGAGUUCCACUGUACGACUUCCCCUUCAGAACGUCGCAGCAGAUCCUGAAUGCACCGCCGGCCAAACACUGAGUGAGUCAGGUUCACUCAGCGGCGCCACCUGGAGGCCGCACCUGGAACUGUCCACACAAACUAAUCAUCAAGAUCCCGAUUAAUAAUCAGGCAUGAAGAUGAAGAAUCAUGAGAAAAAAGUAUUUAUAUUUAAAUUCAUGGACUCUGGUUCAGUGUGAACAUCGUUCCACCAAUGAGGAGCCAGAACAGAGCAGACAGGAUGUAUAUGAGCGGUGGCUCCGCCCCCUCGCAGUGAGGAAGGAGCAGAGCGAGUUGUAGUCCAGAUGUGAGACAACAGAACAGCUGGUCCAGUGUCCCACCGGGGUCAUGCUGCUGAGGAAACUCGCAUCAUGCACCCUGUCUCUGUCCUGUCUUCAUCAUCACCUUUAUAUUAUUGGAUAUACUGUAUAUUAUGUCAUUGCAUCAGUUAGAAUUAUUAUUAUUAUUGUCAUCGUAAGAACCACACUGUUCUCUCUCCUGAAGAUAAUGAUGAAGUUCAGAUUUGACGUUUGUUCCUCUGAAGGUCAAAGUGAGAGGCUGAAUGUGUUUCAUUAGACACAACAUACAUGACACAUCCGUCACAUCGUCCUUCAGACAUGCGCUCAUCACUGUUUCUAUGGUCAUGCCUGCCAGAGGUUUAGCUGUUCCCCUAAUUACCAGUCUUGAUGCUUAGCUAAGCUAACAACACUGUUCUCACACACACACACACACACACACACACACACACACACACACACACACACACACACACACACACACACACACACACACACACACACACACACACACACACACACACACACACACACACGUCUGAAUGAUCAGAACAAACUCGUCACAUUUUAACGACAGUUUAUUUUAAAAAGAAAAUAUUUAGCUGCGAUUGAAAAUAAAUAAUAAUCAGAAGAA